UUUUUUUUCUUUCUUUCUUUCUUUAAUCUAAAUAUUUUAAGAAAAAAAAAAUGACAAGAACUAUUGAAGAAUGUUUAAGUGUAAAAGAGUCAAAUAGUCUUGAAUCAGCACAAACAUGGAACACAGAGAUUACUCAUUCAGGUCGAUGGUUUAAAGAUGAACAUGGUAGAACAUUAUUAAUGAGAGGAAUUAAUAUUUGUGGGUCUUCAAAGUUACCUACAAGUCCUUAUUCAGGCUCAACACACCUUUAUGACGAGACUUUAUUUUGGGAUCAUCGUAACGUAAGUUUUAUUGGAAGACCCUUUCCUCUUGAAGAAGCAGACGAACAUUUUAAACGACUCAGGGCAUGGGGAUUAACUUUAGUUCGGUUGUUAGUCCCUUGGGAAAGUAUUGAGCAUUCAGGGCCUGGACAAUAUGAUGAAGACUAUAUUGAUUAUUUGAAGAAACUAAUUCUUUUAAUGCCAAAAUAUGGUAUCAAAUGUAUAAUUGAUCCACAUCAAGAUACAUGGUCAAGGUUCUCAGGAGGCUCAGGAGCUCCUGGUUGGACGUUUGAAGUGGCAGGAAUGAAUAUUAAAAAUUUUAAAGAAACAGGUGCAGCCUAUGUUCAUAAUACAAAUGCAGUAUCUGAUGAUCCACCACCGAUGGUAUGGCCUACUAAUUAUACGAAAUUAGCUUCAUGUACUAUGUUUACUUUAUUCUUUGCCGGAGAUACGUUUGCUCCAAAGAGGAAAUAUCAAGGAAGAUCAAUUCAACAAUUUUUGAAUGAUUGUUUUAUUCAGGCUUAUCAAUAUCUUGCUAAAAGAUUGAAAGAUUUAGAUGCUAUUUUAGGAUUUGAAUUCAUGAAUGAACCUCAUCCUGGAUAUAUUGGAUUAAAACGACUUGAUAAGUUUGAUCCUAUUGUCAAUCUUAUCUUUGGGGAUUCACCUACUCCUUUACAGUCUUUUGCAUUAGGUGACGGUAUCUCUCAAAAGGUGGGUGUUUAUGUUAAAUCUUGGCCAUUCCCUACAAAGAAAUCUCAUGAUCGUAUCAUCAAUCCUUCUCGUAGUUCUGCUUGGUUAAAUUCAUCAUCAUGCAUAUGGAAGGAGCAUGAUGUAUGGAAAGUAGAUGAACUGACAGGGGAACCCGUUUUAGUCAAUACAGAUUACUUUUCAAAGCAUCCUCUUACAGGUCAAAAAAUCUCCUUUUAUGAUGAUUUUUAUAUUCCACUAGUCAAUCGAUAUGCAAAAGCGAUCCAAAGUAUAAAACAAAACUGGUAUUGUCUAGUAGAACCAUUAGCCAAUGAGAGAGCCCCUAUGUAUAAAGAAGAUGACCAUCAUCAUAACAUCAUAUUCUCUCCUCAUUGGUAUGAUUUAAAUUCUGUAUUUUAUAAGAAAUUUAAUGGCAAGAUAACACACGAUGUUCAAUGCCUUCAAAGAGGCGGUAAUGUAUUUAAGGCAACUUAUUUUGGUAAAAGUGGUGCGAAAAAGAAUUAUAAAGGGCAAAUCAAGAACAUUAAAGAAGAUGGACAUCAAUCGAUGGGAGAAAAGCCUUGUGUACUUGGUGAAGUAGGUAUUCCGAUGGAUUUGAAUAAUAAAGAAGCAUUCAAGAAUGAUAAUUAUUCAAAUCAUAUUCAUUUUUUUGAUGCUAUUCUUCAUGGGCUUGAAACAAAUUUAAUCAAUUUUACACUUUGGAAUUAUGAUGUCUGUAAUGAUGAUGAAUAUGGAGAUCAUUGGAAUGGAGAAAACUUUUCUAUUUACUCGGUAAAGAAAGCAAGAGAAGAUUAUUUUGAACAUGAUACUAAAUCAUCAAAAGAACAUUUAUAUGAUGGAGGAAGAGUAUUAGAAGCAGUUCUACGACCUUAUGCUUCCAAGAUAGCAGGAACACCUGUUUUAUCUGAAUUCAACUUGGAAAAGCUUAGUUAUACCUUUUCCUUUAUACCACACGCAACAGAAAAUCAAGAGCAAAAAGGAUGUUUGACAGAAAUAUUUGUACCUCAUUUUCAUUAUGGAGAUCAACCAGUGAGUUAUGAAGCUAAUAUUGGUGAAUGUGACUAUAAUAGAGAUAAACAAACAUUAUAUCAUUCUUAUAAUCCAGAAGCGAUAUUAGUAAAUAGCAUCAUCACGAUUACAAUUAAAGUGUUAAAUCAUUCUACUAUGAAGUAUAUUAAAAAGAAACCUGAGUAUUCAUGCAAUAUUAUGUAAUCAAUCCUUACUACUGUCGUUCAAGAAAACUCAAUAAUAAAUUUACCCCUUAUUUUCUGUCUUUUUCUUUUUCUUUUCUUUUCAUUUUACC